GAGCACAUUCGUUACCGCUUCCCAGCUGCUGCCGCCGAGCCCGCAUCCCCUCUGCACACCCCGCACCGCCGGCAUCUCACCCCUCUGCUGCACCCCUGACCACUUGCAUGCAUUAUCUUCCUCCAAAAAUGGUUUGUGAGACGGGAAUACUGUCAGAUGGUCACAGCUCCAUGCCGGGACCCCAGAAGGACCCCCUGAUCGUCUCAUCUCAGAUGUGGCCACCUCUGCCCAGUACAGCACCCCCCACCGCCACCACUUCUCCACUGGCAGCCCCUAAUACUGGGGUGGAGGAGAAGGAUGUCAUUAAGGAACAGCUGUAUAUCCGAGAAUUCCAACCCACAGACCAGGAGUUUGCCAGAAGAAUAUUUUAUGAGGGCAUUAAGGAGAGGAUUCCUAGCUCAGCAUUUAGAGGGUUACAGCACCAGCCUGUGCUCCAGUGCGUCUAUGCAGUGCUGAUAUUAAUGAGCUUUGUUGUGACCAACUCCUUGCUGCUGGCCUGCUGUAUGCCCAUCUUUCUCUUGGGCAUGAGGUACUACUUCAGUAGAAAAAUUAUCCUCAAUCAUCUCGAGGGUGCUCUACGCACGGACAUGUCUGAUAUUGAGCAAUAUUACAUGAAACAGCCAGGUUCCUGCUUCUGGGUAGCGGUCCUGGACGGGAAAGUCGUUGGAAUAGUGGCAGCCAGAGGCAACGAAGAAGACAAUGUUGUUGAACUACGCCGAAUGUCUGUAGAUUCAAACUACCGUGGGAAGGGUAUUGCCAAAGCCUUAGGCCGUAAGGUCCUGGAGUUUUCUAUGGUAAACCACUACUCUUCCAUUGUGCUUGGAACGACAGCUGUGAAAAUCGCAGCUCACAAGUUGUACGAGUCCUUGGGGUUCAAGCACGUGGGCGUCGUGGAGCAUCAUACUGUUCCAGGGAUGACGCAUUCAUUACUGGAGAGAAUGUUUUUUCAGCUCCGCUACCACCGCUACUGUCUCCAGCUACGUGAAGAAUGAGGGCGCUCUGUCCGUCCCUUUCCGCUGCUUUCAUUUAUUUUUAACCCAUCACUGCAACGAUCACAAAAGUCAAUUUUCCCUUCUUGUAGUUAAUUUGCUCCUGAAUGUACCACAGUCCCUUGCUGUGAGAUGCGUCCUCGGUAUUCACUGUCCAGUUAGGAUGGGCGUCCUAACGGUUAUGUGAAGCUCACAUAGGCGUUGCAACUACUUAAGCACAUGAACCGGAUUACUGGCCUUGUGUAAAUACUGUAUCUUUUUCUUUUUUUAAAUGUCAAUCAAUGAACCGCCAUUCAGAUGGGAAUAUCAAAGUAAACCUGAACGCAAUUAAUUACACCAGUGACGUGUGCUAAUAAUAGAUCUAUCUAUUAGUUAAUCCAUUUGCAAGACAAUGUGAAUACUGAUGCUUGGUACAAUGCAUGAAGAGGAAGUGUCUGCACGUAUACACAUAGCACCGCCAAUGAGGCAAUGAGGUGACACUUACAUGGAUGUGCCUGGUAAUUUUGCCAAAUCUUUCAAUCGACAUCCAGCUCUGUGACUUUCACCAGAUGUCAUACUCUUGUUUUUUUUUUUUAAAGCCAGCAGACAAAAUGUUACAUCCAAACUGAGCCCAUUUGUAAAAUAUUAUGUAGAUUAUGAACGAAUCCAGCUUUCCUACAGUCACGGCGCUACUUGCAAUUCAGGACCAAGAGUCCUCGGAAACGUGCAUUGAAGGGUACUAGAAGUUCACUCCCAUUCUUUGGCUCAUACUGAUGAUGUCAUUGAAGCACAAGAGAAGCUAACAUUACCUUGGCAAUGCAUUUGCACAUUCAUUGCUGAAGCAAGAGCAAUGAGUAAAAGAAAACAAAAAUAUAGAAAUAUAUAUUUGUAGGGGAGGAAUGUAUAGAUACCAAACAGCUCCUUAUUCAUGUGAUGUAUAUAAAACUACCUUGCAGAUACCCUUGUAAAUGUAACUGCUUUAAAUAUGUUAUCUGGAUUCUGACUUGUCUAAUGCAAGAAGCAAUGCAACGCUGAUUUGGCAUGUGUCUGUACUUGGUAUGUAUGUACAGUGUCUGCCAAAACACUAAAUCCAAGUCAGUGGCUUCUCCUGUCUUGAAUUGUAUACAUUUUCUAACAUGUUUGGGAAUAGAAUUUUGCAUGGAGUAUGUAUAGGGGUCACCGGGUAGCUUUUAAUUUAAAAGAUAAUAAUGUAAAGAAAAAAAAUAGAUUUGCACAGUAUGUUGAUAAUUUAGGUUUAGUCUUCACAUUUUUAGAGAAUGCAUUUCUAUAAUAUAGUAAGCUUGUUACUGUAUUUUAUUUCUUACUGCAGAUAAUCAUUAACCUUUAUACAGGUAUAGUAGUGACAUUUGCAAAGCAACCAAUAAAAGGGACAUUUCUAAACCAGAGAAUAACAGGUAAUGCAAGGAAACUUCUUAAGGAUGUAUAGUAAUCUCAGAUACUGUAACUCACAUAUUCUUUACUCCACUUUCAUAAAUGUCCUCCAAAGGCUUUAAGACAUGCACUGAAUGUAUACUGUUACAGGACUUCUAUUGUAUGCCAAUGAUAAAUAUGUUAUAUGUAAUACCAGGGAUCUUGGGUCAAUCUUAAAAAAUAAUAUAAAGUAGGCUGCACAGACUAAAGUAUGUUGUGUAAAACAAAUUGUAUUAAUUAACAUUCUACAUUCAAUCAAUCUCCUAAAGCAGCAAUCUCAUGAAAAAACGGUUUUAUGUUUUUGUUUUUAAAUAACUCCCUGUGGCAGACCAUAAUCUAAAUGCUGGUAAAUUUCUAUGUUGUUAAUUUAAACAUGCUGCUAUUAAUCAUUUAUAAAUCGGCAUGGACUACCAUGGCAACCACAGUCACAUGCUCAUGAUCUAGUGAGCAAAUAGGCUUUGGAAAGCCUCCCUGUUCUCUGUGCACUGUAAAAUUCUCCAACUCCUCCCCUCUCUGCAUGACAUGCUGAGAACAUGUGUAUGACU